AUGCACUUUGUGCCAUUAGUGUUUGUGUUAGAGGAAUUACUAUUAUUGUGCGAAGAGCCUAAUUUUCCGUUCGUAAUAACUGUUGGAACGACCGUAGGUGAUGAUGUGGAGGCCGAUGACAAUGGGUUAUCCGUUGGAACGGUAACAUUAUUGGUAAUUGUUGGUGUUCCAAUUGUAAUAUUUGUCGCAUUCGGUGUGGAUAUACCGCUUCCAAGGCCGUACAGAAAACCCCUUAAGUAG